CUGUCAUAGGUAUAAGGCCACAUUCCUUCAGUCGUUGCUCCGUAUCCAGCGCGACCGAGGUUGCCCAUCGUCCACGCGGCUGGCCAGAAGCCGACUUGCGAAGGCGAGCCGGGGAGACUGACCGAGACUUCGAUGUAACCUCCAUUGACGCAGACUUUGUUCCAUGACUGCAGCAUCCCUUCGAGUCAAUGAGUCGAAGCAGCGGACAAAACUGCGUGCGAACCGCUCUGAUAGGACAGGUUGUGAUUGUUCAGCUCCGACAUUGUGAGGACGAGAUUCCCGCCCUUAGUCGUGACAGCCCACAUUCGCAGAUUAGCUCCAAAGUGACAAACAGCUGGCUUCACAAGAACCUCAGGGUCAUACCAUUCCAGAUCAUCCGUCGGCCAAUAGUGCAGAUCAACGGCUGUGAAGCGUCAAGCGCGUAAGGAUCAGGUCCGAUUCAAUUACAAAACACGCACCUUCCCACCAGGGAUCAUCUCCUGGAUAGAACGACCUCCCAUCUACAUUGAACUCGUCACUGAACACUAGCUGGUACUGCUGCCCAUCCGGGCUGGAGAACGUCCGUGCUGACGAUGGAGAAUCUUCGUCAAUCAGCUUGGGGAAAUUGGGCAUGCUCGGAAUUUUGUCGGUCCCAUUGCCCAAGCCUGAAUCCAGCCCAGGUAUCCGUGGUGGACGAGUGUAGAACAGGAUCAGAGGAUAUCCGAGGAACAACGCGACAAGACCGCCCAGAAGAAGACCCAAUGCGAUGGAAUUUGCCCAUCCUCGUCCAGAUGUCCAAUCGAAGGAUGAGCCUUCGUCAGCGACCGUACUUGGGUUGUGCAGCUCGUCAUCGAGGUCCAUGUUCUUCUCCCAGUGGGUGUUGACGGUUACUGUCUUUGUCCGUACCAGGUUGACUCGUGGAGGAGCUGGUGUGCCAUCCAUUUUCACGUGCUUCAGAGCAGGAUCGAACUGCAAACGGGCGCUGAGAUGCGGUGGAUUGGGGGAGAUGGACAGCGUUGCGCACAGAGUAAGGACCAAAAUCAGAGCCAAUGGACCACCUUGCUACGUCCUGAAAAAUGUCUCCGCCUGCGCGCGGCACGCGGUCUGCGUGCAGCUCCUCCGUAGGUGCGCCUGAGAAAACAGAGGCGAUCGUUGGAACGACGCGGUCGCCUGCGGUUGUGGCCCGUGGGAAAGCCGAGGGGGGCGAUUGGUGAGGAAUGGCGUUUUGCGCGUCGACAUCGUUCCUCCGUUUCAGCAGUCUGCGGGGCGCCCUGGGACGGGAGUGGGACAUCAACGGUGCUCUCAAGGUUGAUGACGUAAACUUCUUGCAUCGUGGCUUCGCGUAGGUUGAGAUGGGUAUAUAUAUAGACCGCGCCACUCGGGGGAUAAGUAGUAGUGUUCAUUCAAAGAUACCAGAUACCAACAGCGACUCUGAAGUAAGUAGACGAGAGGUGAGGAAUGCAUGUUGCACUGCCACAGCCUUCCUCCAGUCUGAGCAUGGCAUCACUUGCUCUGAGCCGUCAUCACUCGGGCACGUAGUGUGGAACUGUGUUUCCCUCGACGAGAAGGUCACUGAUCAACACUUAUCUCAAAGAUGUGGCGUCUGGAUGGUACAAUUCGUGGUCCAGUUGGCAGUGUCACUAGCUCAAUUGACAAACCUGAUAAACGACGUAACGCAAGACCAGACCAUCCUCCACUGCAGACGAGCUUCUAGGCGCGGCGAUCUCCCCACUAUCCAUCUCCACUCCGCACGAACAUGUGCUUAUCGAUGCUCGAGCAGUUCAGUCGCCAUGCGUCCGCGUUUGCGUCAAGGAUCACAUCACCUGCUGGGACUGUGGGCAUCGUGUCGAAUUGCGGGGUGGGUAUUCUAUGGCUCAGUGACUGGAACCGAUACGGUGAUGGCCUAUAGUUCUACUUUCAAGAUGCGAUGAUUCACCCUAAAUCCUUCCAGACUUGAUCUCUUUCCUUAUCAACUCUGAGCUCAAUCUUGCCGGCUUACCUUCCUGCCUACGAAAUAUUCACAUCUACGACAGCUACGCCUUCAUCUCGCAAAGGAAUAUCAGGGUAACAAUCCGUAGUUGGGGCUUUCACAGUGUCUCAGCAAUCUACCUAUCCUCGCUACGAUAUCGGCCUGAGGCUGCGUUCCUCGACCAAUGCGAAGAUCCAUGCAAAUCCAUUCAUGGUCCCUGCGUUGCAGACGCAUUUGGCGUGCCGAUCAUUCAAUGGCUCUUUAAACUUUGUUUUUCUUGCCAGAUUUUAGAGAUGGAGAAAAUGGACUGCUCGUCGCUGGAUUCAGAGCAAGGGACUACGUGAAUAUCCUCCAAAGAACCUAGACACACGAUCUUCUAAUGCUGCUUACCUUUGCCGAGCGUCAACCAAAACUGCUCUUGCUAGCUUCCAGUCCAUUGACUGUCACCCGCUUGAACGUUCGAGUUUCGCUACCCUGAUACUGGAUUCCGAAGCAAGCCAUGAAUCAUCGCACACACAUUCAAAAGCCUAGGCUCUAAUGAAUGCUCAUCGGGCUCGGAUCAUGGCCUGCUAUCCCUCGGGUACACCAGACAAGAUCAAGAUAAUGGCCUAAGCGUCUUCGGCAGCCAUGGAAUCCUGAGUACCCUGAUCGCAGACGAGCACAUCAUUCGCGAAAUCUGUCAUCUCUGGGGCCAUGGUGGAUAGUACUGAGACCGGGCCCGCAGUUGAUCUCGUUCAGGGCAGCAGCGCUAAGCAUCCAGGGUCGUAGAGUGCUCAGUGCAUGUUUGUAGAAUGCCGAACAUAAUCCUAUGUAUGUGCACAAGAAAGUCCUCGAAAUGGAAUGCUGCAAAGGGCUUGACUGGACCGAAAUAACAAGGAGUGGCACUGGCUCAGUCAGAAAGGCGAAAACAUGCACAAAUCGAGGACAAUGGCCAUCUCUCUACUACAUAGGCCGUGACGAACGCCUCAUGACCACUCUUCUUCUUCUUCCUUGCUUUCUUCGCGCUCAGAGUAGACGCGCCGACCUACUCGAUCGCUGCGUUCGCACUUGAGACAUACUUCGCUCUCUAUUGUUCUUUGCGGCCUGAUCGACGCACUGCCGUGCCACGUUCCGCCACAAUCAGAACCUCCAACUGGCCCCAGAUGCCCCCAAGGUUCAUCAUCGAGGACGCAGGGACGAUCCGGGAGACACGCGACGACCCGAACUCACCCUCGCGUCCGCGGAAGCGCGCGCGAGUCGACUCAGUAGCUGACGGCGGAGGGUACGAGUACACGGGGACCGAGCGUCCUACCGAGCCUUGUGGCCCGGUGCACGACGAUCCAGUCUACUUCUCGAACGAUGCGGAUGCGGAGUGUGUGGUGCGCGUUGGCAAUACGCGGUUCAAGGUCAAAGGCGAUCUUCUAGCGGAUGUCUCGAUCUUGUUCAAGGAUAUGCUGCUCCGCCAGAGACGCUUGAAGAGACAACCGGACGGUUCGAUGUACCCGUUGGUACUCGUUUCGAUUACGCUGCCCGAAGAGUUCCGGGCACUGAUGUGGGCUUUGAAUGCCAGUGAAAAAGAACUUUUAGCCCAACCUAUCGAGCACGACGAAAUCGACCGCCUGCUCUCCAUCUCCUCCAUAUCGUACCAGUUCGAUUGCCCGAAACUAAAGACAUGGGCAAACGCCGCCCUUCUCCGCACUUUUUCCGCGGAGACUUCUCUCCUAUCAAGCUGCUCGUCGGCGCUGCUCACCCGUGCUCUGGACGUCGCCAUCCGCACCCGCCAAGACGACCUGAUCGAAGCGACAAUCACGCGCUGGUGCGAACGCCUGAAGACGGGCGACACACCCUGCGUGCCGGCCAUCAUCGCCGCGGACAUCCACGAACUGCAGGGCCUGCGCGGGGUGGCCUACUACCAGCAUGUGCAGAGCAUGAUCGCGCGGCAGACGACCGUGACGGGGCGCGGGGCGACGCAGUUCACGGCCGACGCGCGGCUGAGCAAUGCGCAGGUGAUGCGGCUUCUGUCGGGGCACUGGUCGCUUGUCAGUCUCUGGGAACGGACGAGGAAGAGCGCGGUCAAUUUCGCUUGCGAGUGCAGCGGUGUGAAGAGUUUGUGUGCGGACCUCUGGGUGCAGCGGUGGAAAUGCGCUGUGACGUCAGACAGGGUGAAUGCGCUCAGCUCAGGCAGCAUCUUGAGGUUGAUCGCCUUGGUCGGGGAUAUCCUGGCGGCGGACCAGAGGUUGAAGGAAGAGAUGUCUCCGGGGUGCCGGCGUAAUGCGCUGGCAACAGUCAAGACACGCGCAGCAGAGAUCGAGGAAGGUAUUGCUGACCACUUCUUUGGGUGGCUUUGAGCUUUCCCUUUGCCUGUACAUACUACUUAUUUGCCAUUUGCUUUGUACUUCUAGUCAUCGGUGUAACAUGUAUUAUGAUGUUAGACAUACAUACAGCAUCUGUAACUCACACGCGACUGCCUCACUCGCCGGCACGUCGAUCUUUAUCUCAAUGUGCCCCGCACUGCUGUAGAGAGUGGAAACGAGCCCAGUGUGCAUUGUACUCG